AUGGUCUCCGUGGCUGCUAAACGGUGUGAGUAUCCAAGACGGUCAGGCUGGAUAAAUGCAAAUACAGGGGAGCCUAUGAUGUAUCUGGAAGAAGAUAAUGAAAGAGCCCGGAAAUUACUUGAGAGAAUUGACUGGUCAAAGGUGAAACAUUCGACUGGUAGACCUUUUGAAGGAUUAUUGGUUUUACAAUCGCAAAAGUAG